GUUCGAAUGCGUUUAGCGGUUUGAAUCAUUUUCGGUUCUUCUCACUCAAUUCUACGUGUAUUUGAUGCCGACAAUGGGGUACAUGAUUCAUUUACACGAUACGAAUACUGACACGAGAUACCAAUUACAAAAUGAAAAUCCGAAUAUGACACAACAAGUCAUGCUAGCUUUACACAUUUACACGGAUGGACACAAAUCUCAUCGUAAUUAAUUUCAAUAGUGGUAUAAAUCGAGAAGACAAAACAAGGUUGUCUAGGGACAGUUUGACUCAAAAGAGGUAGCGGUUUCUUUUUUUCCAUAUUUUCUUUAUGGAAAAUACCAAUGCCAGAAUCUCCUUCUCCCAUUAUAUAUAGAAGAACCGAUCACCGAAACUUAUCUUUGCACGAAUAAUACAAUCAAUACACAGCUUUCCUUUUCAACCUUCCAAGCGGAGGACAUAAAAUGCGCCAUCAGAGAAUCAAACCAAAUCAAAUGGCACGCACAGCCCGGACAGAGGCCAAAUGGUGGGGACUCAGGAGCAUCUUCCCUUCCCUGGUGGCUCUGCUCGUCGGCACCAUCAUCCUUGCCGCUGUGUACCCUGCGCACAAUGGCGAGGAGCAGUCAUCGAUCUUGCCGGUGGGAGAUAGAGAGUCGCUCCUCUCGGAGCCGACCAUCAUGGCACCACCGUUGUCCCUGACCUUGUCAUCGUGUGACGUGUUCUCGGGAAGAUGGGUCUUCGACAACUCAUCGCGCCCCCUGUACAAGGAGGGAGAGUGCAAGUACAUGCGCCAACUGUCUUGCAGGAAGCACGGGCGGAAGGACUCCAAGUACCAGCAAUGGAGGUGGCAACCCCAUGGCUGCGACCUUCCGAGGUUCGAUGCGACGGCGCUGCUAGAGAGGCUGAGGAACAAGAGAUUGAUGUUCGUGGGGGACUCUCUCAACAGGGGCCAAUGGGUUUCUCUCGUUUGCAUGGUGAAGUCGUCGAUCCCUAAGAAGCGAAGAUCCCACACGGGCCGUGGUCAUGGCAUCCCUUUGAUCGUCUUCAAUGCCCUUGAUUAUAAUGCAACAAUUGAAUUCUAUUGGGCGCCAUUGCUGGUGGAAUCCAACUGUGACGAUCCGGUGAACCAUCGGAUAGACGACCGGAUCGUUCGAGUUCGGGCCAUCGAAAAGCAUGCAAGGCAUUGGUCGGACGUGGACAUCCUCGUCUUCAAUUCCUAUCUUUGGUGGAGGCAAGGACCCAAGAUCAAAGUUUCAUGGGGAUCAUCUGCAAGUCCUGACAGAAAAUACGAGAUGAUGAAAAUGCAUCGAGCAUACAAGAUCGCUUUAAACACUUGGUCAGAUUGGAUCCAAGUUCAUGUAAACAGAUCGAAGACCCAGGUGUUCUUCGUUGGCAUGUCUCCAACUCAUGAAAGAGCCGAGGAGUGGGGUGGGAUUGCGGGUCACAACUGCUUCGAAGAAACAGAACCGAUCACCAAAGAAGGGUAUAGGGGAAGCGGGUCGAAUUGGCGGAUCAUGCCCGUGCUCCGGAAGGCGAUCAACAAGCUCCGGAAAAGAGGCCUCAACGCUCACGUGCUCAACAUCACGCAGCUCUCGGAGUAUCGCAAGGACGCGCACACGUCCAUCCACAAACAGCAAUCCAAAAGCCUCACUCGACAUCAGAUCGCAAACCCCGCCACCUACGCAGAUUGCUUCCACUGGUGCCUUCCGGGACUGCCCGAUGUGUGGAACGAGCUCUUGUAUGCUUACAUUUUACAUAAUUAGAUGCCUAGACAUAAGAAAU